AAAACCCUUGCUGAAAAACCGCGUACAAUUUCGCGCUCCUCUCUCAAAAUUUUAACUUGCUCUGCAUAUAUACUCCGCAAGACGAGAAAGUUUGUUUCUGUUUCGUAGGGAGAGAGACAUGGAGAUUAACAUGGACGAACCUCUGGAUUUUGAAUCUGAAGACACACUUCUCAGUGCUCCUGUUAUCAAUCAGAAAAGGAUGAAAGUUAUUGGCUUGGAUGAUCUUUUGACUGAUUACUAUAAGGAGAAAAGCAAAGUGGUUGAGAGAGAGGCUAAACGAGCAAAAGCCUCCAAGAAGAACUACAAUUCUGAUGAAGAUGACCGUUGCAAGGAAGCUUUACUAUCAAGAAAAAUUAAUGAAUGCCACAAUCAGAUGAGAGAUAUGGGUGGUGAAGAGGAGAUCUCUAUAUGGGGUGUACAGGUUUUUGGAAAUCAGAAAACCCCACCGCCUAUUUCUUUUCCUGAGCUUGGGAGUUGCUCAUUUUUGCAGUCUUUCACGAGCAAUAAACUCAACACUUUGGUUGAACUCAACCCAGAAAAUGGGGAAACAUUUCUAGAAGGAUUAUUGGUAAAUGGAUGGCUCUCAAAAUUGAUUUCCAGACAUGGUCAUGUAGAAAAAUCGAUAGCUAAAUGGACUUUUUAUUUGAUGUUAUAUUCAUCAAAGGAAAAGUUAAGGACGUCUGCAUGUGACUUCUGGUGCAUCAUUCUUUCAUCUGAGAAAAAGGCUGAGAAGCUGCCAAUUAGAAUUGAAUGGUUCCCCAGCUACUCAGAUUUCAAAAGAGCUCUGGAAACAUAUGGAUUUCUGUUCGAUUUUUCAUCGCCUGCAAAAGCAAAUACUGAUUCUAUUGAUAGAGGACUGCCUAUAAAUAUUAGACGAUGGCUUAAAUUUACUUCUGUUUGCUGUCUUGUAAGGAGCAAGGUACCUAUUUUUUCACCCUCAGAAGCUGAAGAGUUGGUCCAGUAUGCUAUUUGUCUAUCUUUAGACCGCCAGCUUCAAGGUUUGCUGAUGCUUUUGUGUGAAUGCAUGCAAUCAGCUAUCAGCUACUUCACAGAUGAGGAAUGGAGUGCCAGCUGUGAAAAAAUCGCAAGAGAGGUAGCUUGCAGAGUUCCCAGGGAUUUGAAUUGCCUGCGUGCAGUGGAAUGCAUUUCUGGAGUUGGUACUCGUAAUAAUGACCUCAGAAGUGCAGUUUCUUAUCAGAUUCUACUUGUUUGUUUUAAUAAUAAGGCAACUAAUGAAGAAGAGAUCCUGAAAUUGCUCAUGUCAAUUAAUGUGAAAGACAAAAAUUGUGAUUUUUUCAAGAUUUACAUUUACCUGGUUUUGACAGAAAAUUGGCUCUUGUCCAAUCCCAUUUUGGAAUAUAAGCCUGUGAUCUAUGAAAUGUGGGGUCUUUAUCUGCGAAAUUGUUCUUGCCUAAUCAGCAGCACGAAUUCGAAGCCUUAUGCAUCGAAGGUCCGGACCAAAGCUUCAUAUCUCCUACAUAGCUCCGCCAAUAAAGUAGUUUUAUGAGGGAAAAUGGGUCCAAAUGAAUUUGACGGAUGGUGAAGCUAGAAGAUAGCAACCUUUAUUUAGCUGUACAUAUCCUAUUCUGAAGCCAUCUUGUUUGCCCUGGCCUAGAAUGUGAAAUUUAAGGCUAACAUCAAAGAUUAUGCUUAUUUUGAGACCUAUAGUUGCCAAUGUAUUUUUAGUAUCCCACAGAAUGCAUGUUCCCCUGUACCGGGUGAUAUUCAUGUUUUUUGUUGUUUACUAUUGUUGCCCAUGUAUAGUGCUUUUGUACUGCGAUUCAGAGCUAUAAGUGAAUACAAGGAUUGGUUGCUUCUGAAACUAAUCUAGCAUUAUGUAUAGACGUUUAAUUUGACCAACAUAAAAAUGUCAUUUUGUAAUGUAAAACAGCUUUUAAUGGUCA